AUGCUCCGGGUUCUCUCCAGCACACAUCCCGCUCUCCCAACUGCAGGUGCUCUCCCUCGGCGCAUCAAGGCCCGCAUGACCUGCUCAACGCCCAACAAGCCCACCCACAUGCUCGCCGUGUACCCGUCUUCGUCGGGCCCUGCGUGUGCCUCCUCACGCAAAAUUACCCUCCUCCCCGCACACGACAUCAUCCUCGCCGCGCACUGCGCCAACCUCCCCGUCUUCCCCCCCACCUCGCUGUCCUCUGCCCCCUCGAGCCCACACUCGGGUGUAGACGGCGCUGUCGAGACGCUCGACCUGCCCGUGCUCCCGCUGUGCAUCCCCAGCCCAGAGACGUUCCCCAUCCUCUCCACCUUCCUAUACACCCGGCGGCGCGACCACCUCCUCUCGUCGCUCGUCCCCGCCGGCCUGCUCCCCGCGAAGCUGCGCCCAGCGGGCUCGGAGGCGGCGGCAGGCCAGAAGGUCACCGCCGUGUCGGUGCUCGCGCACCUGCACCGCGUGAACGCUGUCUGGCGGAACGCGUGCGCGCUCGGCACGAGCGACGAUAAGCUCUGGGAGGUGCUCAUCACCGCGUGGGAGGUGCUGCUCCUUGCCCUCGGCAAGGCGACUGGCACGCAGAUUCCGCCGCUCUGAGGGGUUCACGCUCUGCCUCCUGGACGAUGAUGGCUGCAAAAGAGAAAGGCGACGUUGUACGAUGAUGUAAAAUACUACAGCACGCGUAUCACCUGACGCGCGUGCCCGCCUUUUCUUCUUAUUCUCUUUGCUUUCUUUGGAUCUUUUGUUCAUUGUUGCCGUUGCACCUCUCAUCUUGCAUCUUAGGUUUACGCAGUCCUCUUGUCUCUUCUUUCUUCUUUCUCUAUACCUCGCUUCUUUUCCCUUUUCCCUUCCUCACUUGGUUCCUACGUUAUUUACUAAAUAUUGUCGGAUUACUCUACUGUACACAAGUUUGUUCGGUUCGGGUUUCUUGC